GCUACUCGGUUUGCUAUCACCAAGCAGCAAGCAUUCCUUUCUUUUUAUACUUCUCUUUAGCUCCUCUGGUUUUGAGAAAAGAUGGGAAAGGUUUCCUCUUCCUUUGGUGUGAUGCUGCUGCUAUUGCUGGUUAUAGGACUGGCUGAGUGUCGGAAAUUGGAGAAAGUUGAGUAUAAAGAGAAUGUAGGAGGUGGUUUUGGUGGAGGAAGUGGCGGAGGAUUUGGUCAGGGUGGUGGUGCGGGAGGAGGAUUUGGAGGUGGUUCUGGCGGUGGAGCUGGAGGAGGAUUUGGAGGAGGAAGUGGUGGUGGCGGCGGCUUUGGAGGUGGCUCUGGAGGAGGGUUUGGCGGUGGUGGAGGUUCAGGUGGUGGCUUUGGAGGUGGGUCUGGUGGUGGUGGUGGAGGUUUAGGUGGUGGCUUUGGAGGUGGGUCUGGUGGUGGUGCAGGAGGUGGUGCCGGUGGCGGCUUUGGUGGUGGUGGCGGUUUUGGUGGGGGAAUUGGUGGUGGAUUUUGAUCCCAAAACUUGAAAGAUCGAUCUUAGUAGCAAUGCUAUGUAUGUUAUUCGAUGCUCGUGCUUCGUGCAUAGGCUAUUGAUGCUUCAUACAAAAAUGUAAUCGCAACUUUGAAUAAGAGAAGUUACUGCUUAAUUUGGGUGAAAAUGUAAUUAGUGGUUAAAUAAGGUAAUGAAGAUUUCAAUCAUCAUAAAAUGAAGCUAUUAUACUUGGUGAAAAACUCUAUUCACAGGUGGAAUAAAUGAAUAUUAUUCUGUGCA